AGCCGUGCCUUCGCAAACAAGCAAAGCAAGGCAGAGAUGGAGGACGUUGAGCCGGGGACCGUUCAGCCCAAGAUGGUUCUCCGAAUAGUUACGGACAGCGAGGCCCUUCAUCAGAUGCAAACUGUCGUCAACGAGCCCAAAGAUGCAAUCAAAGGGUCCGCUUCUGGCUCUGACGCAGACUCCCUCUUUGAUGACACGUCGCCGGCCGCUGCUCAUGCUGUCCGGAAUCCAACUCAUGAUGUUCGCGACCGGCAUGGCAUUCCUUCAUAUGCUAAGGCUUCUACGACUAAUACGCCUAUUUCAUCAAUCGCAGCGACUAUGUCACCUGCGCGACGUACUGGACCACCCAUUCAAGGCCUCUAUUUCGAUCCGACCCUCCGUCUACCAGACGGGCUUGCGGAGGAAGUUAUGUGGACCUGCAUACGUACCUAUUUCCAACGCAGCACCGCAGACCAGGUGAUGCUUUUCGAGCGUGCUUGUUCCUCGUCCAGCAGCGGCCUACCUCCCAUCCUCACCUCUCUCCUCGCAUCGCUAUCCGAGCUCCUCCUCCCGGUACUCUCGCCAGAGAAGCACGCCCUGCUUUUCCCACCAGCGCCAACACUAUUCGCGCGCCAGGCCAUACUGAACUUGUACUGGCCUGGAGACGGCAUCACUGCCCAUGUCGAUCUACUGGACCGUUAUGGCGAUGGCAUAAUUUGCGUGAGCUUAGGCUCGGGCUGUGUGAUGCAGUUCGCGAAGGUCAAAGAUGGUUUCCGAGGCGACGAGCCUGCGUCUCAGAGGUUACUUGAUGAUGAUGCCCAGGAGAGCGAUGCCUGCGGCGUGUAUCUCCCACCCGGCAGUGUCAUCGUCUUCUCGGAAGAGGCGCGGUACGAAUGGACCCAUGGGAUACCCAGACGCAUGGAAGAUCUGGUCGAGUCCGAGGAUAUGCAUGCGCCUCCAAGGAGGAUUUCUAGAGAGCUCAGGCUCAGCGUUACUUUUCGCUGGUUGUUGCCAGGCGCAGAUGUGGUUGGUGGGCCUGAGCAUCGUGAAAAGCCCUUAGUCUAAUGACAUGGAUCCCCGACUCUGGUCGCUAAUUCGUCACAUUGUUCGGGUAUACGAGAGUAUAAGAUUCUAUCCGUUUUCCGAAUAAGUCCCAAUAUAUACAGUCUCACAAUCAACAGACCACCCAUCAAGAAAUUUUUGUACGCCGUUAUCUCAGUCAUCCCUUUGCGCGACGCCGACUCGUUUGUUGCCUUGAUCGACUACGAUGUAUAGCGACUUUAAAAACACGUCACCGAAGAUGUCGUAUCUGAGGUCUCCACGACUCUGAAUGCCGCCGAACGUAUAUCCUUGGCCGGCAUCACUAUAUCCAAAGUCCACU